GCGCAGCUCUCUCCUGCCGAUAACGGAGAGGACGGGAGUUGAUGCUUUCCCCCCCACAUUUUCUUGGAUAUACCGUCUCCUCGCCAAGAUGAGGCUUAUUUUUGUUGUUGUUGCGGUUGCGGCUUUGUUGACAGAAAAUCUAGCGCUUCCAGUUGGAAAAGAAGGACAGAGAGAAGAUGUGGUUACACGAUGCUUGGUUGAAGUCCUGUCCAAAGCUCUCUCCAAACCGGACUCUCAGCUGGAUCAGGAAUGCAAAGAUAUCCUCCAAGCAGGGGUUAAACAUGCCCCACUGGACAAGAAGAGUGCAGAGGGGAUAGCGACUCAUGGAGAGGUGGUCAAAGGUCAUCCUGAAGUGCCUGAGGCAAAAGGAGCAGAUGUGAAAGACAUCGAGGCUCUCCUGAAAUCCGUGGAGGAAAAAAGAGAAAUCCCAGAAGACGAGCGCAGCCAAGAAUCCUGGAGUCUGGGUGACGAGAAGGAGAAGAGACACGAGAAUGAGGAGGAACAAGAGCGGGAGAAGAGGAGCAGCUGGAGGCCUGGAAGAUACCACCAACGGAAACACAAACGAGGAGGAGAAGAAGACAACGAGCGCAGUCAGGAGAGUUGGGGUGUAGAGGAGAAGAGAUCAGAAGAAGACGAAGAAGGCGAAGACAGAGAGAAGAGGAACUGGAGGCCUGGACGAUACCACCAAAGAAAACACAAACGAGAUGAGGAACCUUUAGGAGAAGAGAGGGAGGAGCCAGAGGAAGAACGUAGCCAAGAGUACUGGGAUGUAGACAAAAGGCAUGGGAAUGAGGAUGAGGAUGAGAGAUACAAGCGCAUAUGGAAGCCCACACAUCGCUACCACCACAAGAAAAAGCUCCACAAACGUGGUGAGGAGGAAGAUGAAGAUGGCAGUCGCAGCCAGGAAUCUUGGGGUCUUGACGAUGAGAGAGAAAAGAGGGACUGGAGGGCUGGAAGGUACCACCAGAGGAGACACAAACGUGAUGAAGAGCUCGCAGAAGAAGCCAGGGAAGAGCCUGAUGAAGAACGCAGCCAAGAGUACUGGGACUUUGAUACUGGAAGAGAUAAGAGAGACUGGAGGGCUGGGAGGUACCACCAGAGGAGACACAAACGUGAUGAGGAGCUCUCAGAGGAAGAGAGAGAAGAGCCUGAUGAAGAACGCAGCCAAGAGUCCUGGGACUUUGAUACUGGAAGAGAUAAGAGAGAGUGGAGGGCCGGCAGGUACCACCAGAGGAGACAGAAACGUGAUGAGGAGCUCUCAGAGGAAGAGAGAGAAGAGCCAGAUGAGGAACGCAGCCAAGAGUCCUGGGGCUUGGACAAAAGAAAUGGAAAAGAAGAGGAAGAAAUAGAAAAGCGCAUAUGGAAACCGUCACAUAGAUACCACCAUAAAAAGAAACUCCACAAGCGUGGCGGAGGGUCAUCGGAAGAAGAGGAAGAACAGAGGAGUGAUUCAGAGGAAUAUGAGGAGGUGGCAAAGGACAAGGACGAUGCUCUGAGAUAUCUGGCAGAGAAGCGUAAUCCCUGGAUUUUCAGAGGCUACUACCAUCCUGCAUGGUUUAAAAGGAGUUCAGAUAAGCACGCUGCAACCUCAGACAAGAUGGAGGAACUGGCUAAAUUGCUGAAGUAUAAGAUAAACCAGCUGGCCAACCACUCUAAUCAAGAUGAGGCAAAGAGGAGCACACACCAGAGAGCACUUAACGCGCAGGAGGAGAAAGAGCUGGAAAACCUAGCAGCGAUGGACAUGGAGUUGCAGAAAAUUGCUGCCAAGUUGCAUGACAACAGUGCUUAAAGCAGGAUGGACAUCAUUUCAUUUCACUACCAGUGGAUAAAAAACUCCUGUCUUACUGUAUGUCUGCCGAUUUAGUGUGGUUACAGUGUUGAAAAAGACAAAAAAAUAAGACAUAAAAACCCUUGAGCCUUGCCAAAAACAUUUUAUCAACUUGUUUAUUAUGGUAUUUGUGAUAUUUUGAUGUUUAAUCAGCAUGGGAAUGGUUUGAUGUUAAAUGUAUAUGAUAAGAGAAACUAUGAAAAUAAUAUAUAUCUGAGACAAAUUAUUCAAAUAAUAGUGUUCUGAAGAAUUUGUUCACUCUGCACUCAAUAAAAGAAGUUAUUCUGGGA